AUGUCGACUAAGCAACCCGAAGAAAAGAAAGUUACAGAAAUGGGUUUCACACCAACUCCUCGACCCGGUGGUUUCUUGAAAAUCAAAUUAGAUGUAAAAGAGAAAAAAAAUAAAGUACUCCAAUUUGAUCAAUAUCGAAAUAUCAUAAGCAGAGUAGAGGAUAUGGAGAAGAAUAAAUUUAAGACUGAAAAGUCGGUUGUUAAAAAUCCAGCACCACCAAUAAUAACCCCUAUAAGAAGUUUAAAUUUGCCAAAAAUUUCUCAGGAAUCGCUAUUUGACAAAUGUCUAAUUGAGAAUGAAGAUAUUGGACAAGUGCAAAACGAUUACGAAAAAUGGUUGGACGAAACUGCCCCAGCUAAUGACACAAAUCUCAUGGAUAAUCUUGAAGAAGCAAUCAAUUUCAUUGUACUGUUGGCAUCUAAACCAGAGGCAGACUCUAGUGAUUUCGAUGAAAUGCAAGCCAUUUCAGUAGUACAAUUUUUACGUACUAUUAAAUCACCUAAUGGUCAAUAUGAGCCUAAUAAUCUACGAUUGAUGGAAUACAUCGACAAAAAAGGCGAAGAAUUUCACAAAAAAUAA